GGCGGCGUACCAACGAAAUGCUUCCAGUUUUCUAAAAACAUCGUGCAAAAGAGAGUUGAAUUGGAAACGAAGCAAGAGUCAAAGUAAAAAUUCAAGAACAGUGCGAGAGAGAUAGAGAGAAUCGGAGAAGACAGCAAUGGAGCAGCGGAGGAUGAUUCUGCCUUCUUUGCUGUUGAUUUUGAGCUUUUUGGCGGCGGAUCUUGUGCGCCCCACCCAUGCUAUUUGGUUCAACCUUCCUUCUACUGGAACCAAGUGUGUGUCUGAGGAAAUCCAUAACAACGUCGUUGUUUUGGCUGAUUAUGUUGUGAUCUCUGAGAAUUAUACCCAUGCGCCCACCGUCUCCGUCAAGGUAACAUCACCAUACGGUAACAACCUCUACCACAAGGAGAAUCAAACAAAUGGGCAGUUUGCCUUCACCACAGCAGAGGCUGGCAACCAUUUGGCAUGCUUUUGGAUUGAUGGCCAUCAUGAGCGUGGUGGUGAUGUUAGCUUAAGUCUUGAAUGGAGAACUGGAAUUACAGCUAAGGAUUGGGAAUCAGUUGCAAGAAAGGAAAAAAUUGAGGGUGUUGAGCUUGAGCUCCGGAAACUCGAAGGCGUGGUAGAGGCUAUUCAUGAGAACAUUUUGUACCUAAAAGAAAGGGAAGCAGAAAUGAGGAUAGUAAGUGAGAAAACAAAUGGAAGAGUGGCGUGGUUUAGCAUAAUGUCUUUGGGUGUUUGUAUUUUGGCUUCAACACUUCAACUGUGGUACUUGAAGCGAUUCUUCCAGAAAAAGAAGCUCAUUUGAAAUAGUAAUCUUUCUUCUUUCUUGUUCUCUGAAUUUCUUUUCUUACAAUCUAGCAUCACACAAAUCUUAUAGUUACAGAAUUGUUUCAUCACGGAUUUUCAUUUAAAUUCAUUAUCUUAUGAGCCUUAGAUACCUCGAUAGUCUGCGAUGUUGAAUAUUACUUAUUCGUUACUCAUUCAAAACGCGUCUUAUUUCUAAGCAAUCUAACAUAUCACCAGUUUAUCUA